CAAAUUACAUUUCAAGAAUUAGAGAUUUCAAAAAUACUUGAUUUGGAAUUAAUGUUUGGGAAUAAUCCAGUAGUAAAUAAACAAUUGGAAAUUGAUGAACUUGAUAAAUUAAUUCAAGAGUUGGAUAAGGAAGAAGAUUUUGAUCCAGAUUCAUUAGUUCAAGAAUGUAACGUUGAAGUCUGCGAUUCUAAAGCACACACUGUCAAUCAAAGUUUUCCAACUCCACAGCCUGUUAUAUUUAAUUUAUUAUAUUUUCAGAAACGGGUUUCGGGAUUUGGGAUUUGGCCUAAAGAAGGUGUUGAUGAAGGUCCAAACAAAUUGAUUGACUAUGGAUUAAUAGAGCAACUAGAAGAAUUGGAAUGGAAUGUUGAAUUUGACGGGCAUCACAAACUAACUGAACUUCGCCCAGCCGAAGACCCAAACAUAGGGAAGCUUAAGAAACCACGCUACGUUUCAAGAGUAACUGAAGCUGUAUCUAAGGCUGUUGAGUCUCAUCUUAAAAGAGGACAAUUAGCAUUAACUCUUGGUGGCGAUCAUAGUCUUGCUUUAGGCACCGUAGUAGGAACUUUAUCGGUUCACCCGGAAGCUUGUCUUAUUUGGAUUGAUGCGCACGCUGAUAUUAAUACACCUGAAACCACAGAAUCUGGCAAUUUGCAUGGUUGUCCGGUAUCGUUCUUGUUAGGAAUUGCAGGAAAAGUCCCAGGAUUCGAAUGGGUCAAACCAUUUCUCAAGCCAGAUCGACUUGUGUAUAUUGGGUUACGAGAUGUGGAUCGACCGGAGAAAAAAAUUUUAAAACAAUUGGGAAUCAAAGCAUUCUCAAUGCAUGAGGUUGAUAAAUAUGGAAUCGGUAAAGUUGUAGAAAUGGCACUUGAUGUUGUAAAUCCAAAAAGAGAUCGGCCAAUUCAUUUAAGUUUUGAUGUUGACGCCCUUGAUCCAACCGUUGCUCCGAGUACAGGUACUCCUGUUCGUGGUGGUUUGACCUUCCGAGAAGGACAUUAUAUCUGUGAAGCUAUUCAUGAAACGGGAUGUCUUGUUUCUGUUGAUAUCAUGGAAGUAAAUGUAAAUCCCCUUCUUUUUGAUGAAGCAAGCGUAUUUGAAACUGUAACAAUUGGAUGUUCGUUAAUUCGAUGUUGUUUAGGUGAAACUUUACUAUAA